CUCCUCCUCAGUCUGUGGAAAGGCUGUCAAAAAUUUACACGAGAAACGCAACCUCCAAAAUCCUCUCUUUAAAUCCAUCAAAUUACUGCUGUGACUGCGAUAUCUUGCUUUGAUAGAGGAUGACGGUACAGAAGAGAUACUAAUGGCUAUGAUGAGUUGAUGGUUGGAAGUCUAGGUAAAUGUAUUGGCAGAAAUAGGCAUGGAAGACUCACUACUGGAGAUAGUAAAGGGAGAGGUGGAAUUAAUGCGGAGUGCUUACUGUGAAGAAUUCAGUGACUUAAGGGAGCAAGAUGUCUGGAAUGUCUACCGUGCGCCUGACGUUCGUGUGCGAUUGGGACCACAUCACUCACAGGGUGGAACGCUACACGACCACGUCUGGGUUGUUCUCAGAAUAAAAACGACCGACAGCUACCCCCACAAGGCAGCGGAGGUAGAAGUUGAAAAAAGCGAUGGCUUAGCGAUGGAGAAAGUUCAAAAGCUGUCCGUCCUUUUGAAAAAGAAGGCCUCCAGCUUAGCCAAGAAGGGGAUGGUUGUGAUGAUGGAAUUGUGUCAGAUGACUGAGAGCUACCUGGGUGAACAUGCACGCCCCUGCAAGGAGAGCAUCUACGAAGAAAUGGUGGCCGGCCAGGAAGCGCGGAGACAGGCAAGCGUGGAGGCCGAGAAGGAGAUUAUGAGGCAGAGGGAGAAAGAGGAGGAGGAGCAGCGGUCCGUUAUGAGAGAGGAGGUUGCCAGGGUUAAGGAAGAGCUUAAGCAAGAGGAAAGGAAGAGGAAAGAGCAAAGGUAUUGGCCGUUCAACUCGGAGGUCGGAGGAGAGAAGGGAGAGUCAGCUGAUUCUCCCAAUCAUGGAAAGCUGAAACAUAGAUCCAUAUCAGAGUGCAGUUCUGAAAGUGGUUCCGGAGAGAACCAAGGGAGCAAUGUGUUGUGUUUUCCCCUCGGAGGAAAGCAGGAGUGCCUUGUCAUUGUAGGAAAGUGCAUUUGGGAACGGAGAAAUCAGGGAUGCUACUUAUUUGAAGCUCGCGAUAAAAUAACCUCUGAGAGAAGUAUUAUAUAUGAAUGGUGUAUCAACUCAAAGCGAACAGGACGGAAGGGAAAUCACGUGAAGAUCGGUCAGGAAAACCAGGUCGAGGAAUUAGUUAGCAAAUUUUCAGCCCAGGAGAAAGAGAUGAGCUCCCUGCUACGGCUGUCCCAUGACAACCUUGUUGGGUACUUAGGGAUGAAGUUAAACUGCAGGCAGAACGAUGGUGUGGACGUUUACAUCCUCCAGGAGUACGUUCAGGGGAUGUCCAUGAAGUACUACAUCCACCACCAGAUCCCCCAGAAUGAGGCUUUUCUGCGCCACAUCACGGAAGGAACCCUCAAAGCCCUGAACUACCUCCACCAGAACAAUGUCGUGCACAGAGACCUGAGGGAUUCAAGCAUAUACAUGGACAAUCAGUCCCACAUGGUGCGAGUAGCCGAUUAUGGUGUGGAGAGGAGAAUAGUGGAAGCAGUCCUGGAGUUCAAGAAUAUCCAGGUAGCCCCCUUGUACCCACAGUCCCCUGGCCGAGGGGGAAAGAAGGGUGACGUCUACCGCUUGGGGCUCGUGAUCCUGUCUAUCCAUCAGGGCCGGCGGGUGCAAGAGAUUGUGCCAACUCUGCCUGCGAGUCUGAGUGCAGACUUCAGGAAUUUCAUGCAGAAGAGUUUGGCGCUAAAUGAACAAGAACGGUGGACGGCUGAGAGGCUACUUAAUCAUCCAUUUAUUCAGGUCCAAGAAAAGGAGGGGAAUGAGAAUGACAAUAAGAGAGCAACAUCAGGAAUAUACUUGGAGAGAGAAAUGGAAGAGGAAGAAGAAAACUCGAGAGAGGGCUUGGAGCUGUCCUCUGAGCCCUCCCUCCCGCAGUACCUCAAGACAGGCAGUCUCGGCGCGCGAAUUGAGAAGGACUACAAGAUCCUCGAGUUUUUAGGGAAGGGAGGCUUUGGACAUGUGUUCAAGGUCCGGAAUAUCGUUGAUGACCGCGAGUAUGCGGUGAAAAGGAUUCCCCUCCACGAACAGAUCGACUCGGUGCGCAAGAAGAUCAUCAGGGAAGUUAAGCUCCUCUCAUCUCUCAACCAUGAAAAUGUUGUACGGUACUACACUUCCUGGAUUGAGGACCUCGUGCAGACAAAAAGAGAGGCCACUGCCAGUGACUCAGAGGAAGAUCUCUCAAGGGCAACAGUCGUGCACUGCAGUUCCCGAAAAGUAUCACCAGGACCAAAAGAGAGUGAAGAGGACCAGAGGGGGCUGGAUGAAGGCAGCUCCCCCUCAGAGUCUGAGGAGAGUUCAGUCAACAACACCAUCUCUCAGGUUACCUCUGUCCCUGACACUCAGGAGGACUUGAGCCCCUUUCCAAAAUGCCUCGAGCAGAAAGCUCAAGCAGAGGAGUCAGAAUGGAGCGUCAUAUUUUAUGAUGGUGUAGAUCAUGCCAGCUAUUCUCAAGCCAAUGAAACAGAGGAGAGUGAUGAUGACGAUGACGACGACUGGCUGAUGGGCAGCUUAGGACCAAUGUUGCAAGAUUCUGAUGAUGACAUGUACGAUGAUGACAAGAUGAAAGAUGAUGACUUCUCGGACUCGCAAGAUUCUGUGAUAGAGACGGAUAAUGUUGACAAGACCGACAGUGCUCACGCCGUCAAGCAGUUCAAGAAGCAGUACCUGUUUAUCCAGAUGCAGCUUUGUGAGAAGAACACACUGAGGCAAGCCAUCAACGAACACCUCUGUGUGGAUAAUGACCGCAAAUGGAGGCUGUUUCGGGAGUUGGUCAAUGGACUUGACUACAUCCACUCCCAGGGUUUAAUCCACCGUGACUUAAAGCCUGGCAAUAUUUUCCUUGACAUGGAUGAUCAUGUCAAAAUUGGCGACUUUGGUCUGGCCACGGCAGCAAUCAAAGCUAAGACUACUGUUGGAGUUAUCACCAAGAUGGAUGUAGACGACACAAAGGACAGUGCCUUGACCAGCCAGAUAGGCACCACCCUUUACGUUGCACCAGAAGUCAACAAGUCUAAAGGCAAAGUGAGCUACACGAACAAGGUUGACAUCUACAGCCUGGGGGUCAUAUUCUUUGAGAUGGCACACCCCCCUCUGACCACGGGCAUGGAGAGAGCCAAGGUCCUCUACAACCUGAGAAAGCCAGAGAUUGACAUACCAGAAGAGUUCAGUGUGAAGAAUGCUAAUUCUGUUCUGUUGAUCAAGUGGCUUUUACAGCAUGAUCCGCAGCAGAGGCCUAGUACCAGUGACAUCUUGAAAUCACACCUGCUACCCCCUCCUACAGCUGAAGAACAAAAGUUCAUCCAGACUUUAGAAGACAAGCUGAAGAAUGUGAGGUCAUCAGACUAUCAGGAAAUCCUCAACUUAGUCUUCAAACCAUAUGCACGGCCUGAGUUAGAAGCAACCUUUGAAGUCAGGCACCCUGUCACCUCUGACUAUUGGCAGUAUUGGAAGCAAGAUUAUCUGCAUUCUCUAGUUACAGCAGUAUUUAAAGCACAUGGGGGCAUAUGGGUACCAACAACAUUCUAUGUACCCAAGGGAUCCUUUUACAAUGACAAGGACAAUCUUGUGUCACUCAUGUCUGGGAGAGGGGAGCUUGUGUCUGCUCAGUAUGAGCUCAGAUACCCAUUUGCUCGCUUUCUUGCACGAAAUGAGGUUAAGUACAUAAGAAGAUAUUGUAUUGACAGAGUCCAGCGUGCUUUUAAAGUCUCAGGCAUCCACCCAAAAGAGUCCUAUGAAUGUGCAUUUGACAUAGCCUGUCCUAAGAAGGAUUCAGUUGAAUCUUCAGCAAGAGUCAUUCUUGUAGCUCAUGACAUCAUACAACAGAUAAUCCAGGCAAGAAGUGAGAAUGUCUUGGUGCGUGUAGGACAUCUGGAGCUGGUUCAUGCAAUCCUCUUUCACUGUAAUGUUGAGGAGAAGUUCCAUCCUGAAGUCCUCUGUCUCUUGAAGGAGUACAACUGUAAACGAAUAACCUUGGAAAACAUGUGGGAGAUCUUUCGAGAGAUGGGCCUGGCCAGAUCUUCCGUUGAGUCUCUCAGAGGAUUCCUUUUUCCGGAUGGACCCAUUGAAGAUGUUAUGGCAUCUCUCAUUGCGAAGGGUUUGACUUCCAGGAGAAAAAGUGCACUCAAUGUGAAGCAGGUGUUGGCAGAGCUGAAUGAGGUUGUGGUCACCUCCAAUGUGUUUGGUGUGAAGUUUGAGAUAAGUCUGUGUCCACUGAUGGUUGUAGAUGCAUCCCUCUACUGCAAAUUUAUGUGCCAAUUUCUGCUGAAUGUGCGGAAGAAACACAUGCAAACACAGGAACUCUUAGCUCAGGGAGGAUCUUAUGAAAAGCUUAUACUGAAUCAUAGGAGCAAAUUAGUUGAAAAAACUAACAAAGAUGUUCCAUAUGCAGUGGGCAUUAGCUUGUUCCUUGAAAAGUUUGCAAGCUGCAUCUGUGAUAUUACGCAACUAACAGCAGCUGGUCGGAGAGAUGUGCCACAGCUAGUUGCAGAGCUUGGGAGUGGAACUGCAGCUGUGACUGUCAUGGUUUGUGCCAUUGGACAGAAAUUCUUGCAGGAGCGUGUCAAUAUUGUGCGAGGGCUGAGGAAAAGGAAGAUAACGGCAGACCACUGCCACUGUUUAACACAAGAAGAAGCAGAUAACGUUAAAGAGGAAUUCCGGAUGACGAACUUUGUCGUGUUGACUGGCCAUGAGACGCCCUCUGUGAGAGUCUUUUUGGAGUCAGCCUGGCGGAAUCAAGACCGUAAAGUCGACCUGGAUAAAGUCGUAGAAUACAUUUACAAGAAUCUUAGCUCAAGUGAACCGGCUUCCCUCUCCUCACGGACAGAUUCCAAAGCUGCAGGUGUCAGUAAUUAUGAUGAGGACCAGCUGAAAAUCACCUACUUUACUAGAAGACAUUCAAAGAACAAAGAUGCCAGUAAAAAAGAUGAACAGAUCACAAGAGAAGUUCGUGCAGCUUCAGCCCGUUGGCCAGACAUUGCUCCGAAAACUCAGAUUGAAGUUUGGGCGGUGGAGUUGGAGAGGAAACCCUUGCAUGCCUUGGGCUCACUUGACAUCGAGUCGGUCAAAUACUUCACUGAAGCUGUCAGUGAUAUUAAAAACAUGUUCCCAGAGCACAAGGACCACCUGGAAGAGAUCUGCAAGCAACUGCAGCCGAGAAUAUUCCAGAAGAGGAAGGCGGACCGAAGCUGCCUUGUUCUGUAUAGCUUAAGCAGUGGUGCUCUGAAACGGAUAUUAUGAUGGCGGACAAUCUAUUUUCUUUAUUUAUUAUGUUUUCUCUUUUUUGCCACAGUCACUUUGAAGAGGAUAUUAUAAUGGCAAACUAUUUUUGUUUGUUUGUUUAGCCAGUGCUGCUCUCUAAAAACAAUUUCUUUGUGUUCAUUAUAAUAGCUAUUAAUAGAAAUAUGUAUUCUUGAUACAGGGUUUUCAUUGGUACUUGUAUUCUUUUUGUUUGUAAUUCUUUAUGAUUGUUCAUUGGUCUUGACAUUAUCAGUUGUUAUUAAUAUUCUUUGUAUUUGAUAUCUCUUUCAUGUCAAUUCAUAGCUUUAUAUAUCUCUAUAAAUUGUUAUUAUUUAUUUGAUUCUUUUUUUACUGAUUGGUACAAUGCUUGUGAUUUGAAUUGGUGCUUUUCAAAUUGUACUUAGAUUAAUUUGAUAUUCCUCAUUUAUAUGGUCUGAUAUAAAAUUGUUCACUAUUAUCUAUAUCAUGCUGCAUAAAGGGUAGCCAUGUGCUAUGAUUUUUAGUAUAAUGCCUCUGAGUGCCAUGUUCAUUACAUAUUCAACGUCGUGAUUAUUGCACAGGUUCUGUUAUGUAAUUUUUUAUUCAAAAUAAUGAGUCAGAGCAUUGCCUCUAGCCCUCUGGCUGAAUUCUGCAGCAGCAGAAGGAAAAUCAUCAAGGGCCACAAACCUGGGUAUUUUUGUAUACACUUCUCAACGCAAGGAGGACCGUGUGGAAUUUUGUGGUGUAUUGAUUCACUCAACUGGAAUGCUCAAAUAUCUUUCAGUGAUAUGAAAUGUUGUAACCAGAAAGCAUACUAAUGGA